AUGAGUUUAAUGAUUCAGCAAUGGGGUAAAGAAGCUCAAAAAGGCUUUGACUUGCGUGUAAUUGUCAGCUUUACUAAUCAAUUUCUUGAUAAUUUCUUGACAUUCAACCUUAUUUUGCUGUACAUGAUUUAUCAUAUCAAUGAUAAUGUUUUAAAAAAUGUUAGGCGAGUAUCAACAGAUGUGAUUGAUUCGAUUGAUUCGAUGAUGUCAGUGAUUUUUUUAAUGAAAGCUAAUUUAACUCACGUAAAUACAACUGACAAAGCGUCUUCUGCUAAAGAUCGAAAUUUUAACAAUCUUUCAUUACUUGAAUUAGUUUUAAGAGCUUUUGUGAAAUCAACGUAA